GCCGCCGCCGCCUCGGAGUGGACGGGGCGACUAUGCGCCCACCUGGCCGCCGCCUCCCGCUCCCGCACGCCCCGCUCUGGCCGCUCAGCCCCGCCGCAGUGUCAAACUGGAAGAGAAGUAAAUUUCAAUCCGAAAUUAUGAUGUGUGGAGUUCUUUCUUAAAAGAAGAAAAAAUAAUUGUUCAGACUAUGGAUCGGAGCAAGCGAAAUUCAAUUGCUGGAUUCCCUCCACGUGUGGAGCGUCUGGAAGAUUAUGAAGGAGGUGGCGGAGGGGAGGGGAGCAUGACCCAAGUGGAAAGAGAUGAAACAUCUUCAUAUCGAGCUCUUAUGAAUGCCUUUUCUCGACUGACUCGGUUAGAUGACUUCACAUGUGAAAAAAUAGGAUCUGGUUUCUUCUCUGAAGUGUUUAAGGUACGACACCGCGCUUCUGGUCAGGUGAUGGCUCUUAAGAUGAACACGCUGAGCAGCAACCGGGCAAAUAUGCUGAGAGAAGUCCAGCUCAUGAAUAAACUCUCCCAUCCCAACAUCCUCAAGUUCAUGGGCGUGUGUGUACAUCAAGGGCAAUUACAUGCACUUACAGAGUAUAUAAACUCUGGAAACCUGGAACAGUUGCUAGACAGUAACCAGCAUUUGCCCUGGACUGUGAGGGUGAAACUGGCCUAUGACAUAGCAGUGGGCCUCCGCUAUCUUCAUUUGAAAGGCAUUUUCCAUCGGGAUCUCACGUCUAAGAACUGCCUGAUAAAGAAGGAUGAAAAUGGCUACUCUGCGGUAGUAGCUGACUUUGGCCUGGCUGAGAAGAUCCCUGAUGUCAGCACAAGGAGUGAGAAGCUGGCAGUGGUGGGCUCACCCUUCUGGAUGGCACCGGAGGUUCUCCGAGAUGAGCCCUACAAUGAGAAGGCAGAUGUCUUCUCUUAUGGUAUCAUCCUCUGUGAGAUCAUCGCCCGCAUCCAGGCUGAUCCGGAUUAUCUACCCCGUACAGAGAACUUCGGACUAGACUAUGAUGCUUUCCAGCACAUGGUGGGAGACUGUCCCUCAGACUUUCUGCAACUCACCUUCGACUGCUGUAAUAUGGAUCCCAAACUGCGCCCAUCAUUUGUGGACAUCGAGAAGAUUCUGGAGGAAAUUCUGAGACGCCUAAAGGAAGAAGAGCUGGAGGACAGAAAGCUGCAGCCCACUGCGAAGGGACUCUUGGAGAAAGGAGUUGGGGUGAAGCGACUGAACUCACUGGAUGACAAGAUCCCUCCCAAGUCCCCACGCCCAAGACGUACCAUCUGGCUGUCACGAAGUCAAUCAGACAUCUUCUCCCAUAAGCCCCCAUACACAGUGAAUGUCUCAGACCCCUAUUACCAGCCACAACGAGGUGGUACUGCCCGCACCCACAAAGUCAACCCUUUCAUUGCUCGUCAGGACCUCAAGGGAGGCAAGACCAAGCUCUUUGACCUUCCUAGCAAGUCUGUCAUCUCCUUGGUGUUUGACCUGAAUGCACCAGGACCUGGAAAUAUGCCCCUGGCUGACUGGCAAGAGCCCUUGGCCCCAUCUGCUCGCCGGUGGCAUUCUUUGCCCGGCUCACCAGAGUUCUUGCAUAACGAGGCCUGUCCAUUUGUGGGCCAAGAAGAAUCAUCUGAUGGGCCCCCACCACUCCUCAACAGUCUCAAGUAUCGUGUGAGAGAGAUUCCCCCAUUUCGAGCAUCUGCCCAACCAGCUGCUCCCACUGAGGCCAUGGACUGCUCCAGUCCCCAGGAAGAAAACGGUUUGGGGCCCAGGCCCCAGAGGGCAAAUCCAUGCCUUCAAGAUGCCUCUGAGGAGAUGGAGGUAGAAGAAAAGCCCAGAGGCCUGGCUCCGCUCCCAUUCUCUCUCUCUUAGGCUUAAGUCUAAAUAUGCAAGAAGAUCAGGAUGGGUAAGACAGCCUUGUUCCCAUCAACCCCUUCAGCUGAAGCCACAGGGGCCCCAGGGUACACAGAGCAACCAAGCCAGGCUCAAUUAUGGGUUUCUAAUGCCCCACGGCUGUGUAUAAGGGAGGCAGCAGUCGAGAACACCUUCCUAACUGGGGCCAAUAGCUGGUACCAAGUGUAUGAAAUCCAGCAAGAACUGGCUUACACCUGAGCCCCCAGUGCACUUCCCAGACAGGACCAGAGAACUCCUAGUUCUAGUUUGUGCUGGCAGGCAGCUGUUACCCCAGGUUCUUCUACCCCAGGUCUAUCUCUUGCCCUUUCCGAGGGCAGAUAAGCUACCGGAUGGAAUCUGGAGUUGACCAGGAGGCCAUAAAGGAUCGGUUAUUUCUCGGACCUUAAGACCGGGGUGCUUCUUGCCAGUAUAUCUAAGACACUUGAAUACUUGCUGUUUGCACUGACUGCACGGUCAGACCACAUCACUACAUUUCUAUGCAAGGGGAGGGUAAGGCAGUGUGGUCGUCCUGGCUCUUAGCUAACCUGGUCAAAGAUCCUUUCCAGUUGAUUAAUCUAUUUUCAUAUUUAUGAAGGCGUCUUAAUGUUCUGCCCUGUAAGACUUUCAACUUUGUGGUUGGAAGUGGGGCUGGUUUUGCAGACCCUUGGUCUGCUCUAUGUAUUUGUCUAAUGUGUGAAACAUC